UCGUGACCUUCUUUUCUCUUUUUCAGUGGUGCCAAGCCAACUUGUAGUUCACAGAUAAACUCGUUUCCUUUUUGAAGUUAUAAAAUUCUACCCCGAGCCAAAUUCUAAGCCUUCAAAGGGACAGUUUCUCACCUAGGCUGAAAGCCAGAUUCCAUGGAAAACACACUGUAAUGGAUCCUAGCAGCGAUUAUCAUUUUCUCAAUGAUAUUCUGGGGAAGAUGGUGAAAAUCACACUGAAAUGUAGCAGAUUCCAGGGAAUGCUGCAACAUGUGGAUUCCAACCGAAGUAUCUUUAUAAAUAGAGUUAAGAACUUGGAAAAUGGCAGAUGUGUUCCAGGAAUAAAGAUGUUUUUUGGUCAUGAAAUUGUGAAUGUACAAUUGCUUGAUGAAUCAGAGAAAUGUGCUGCGGAAGGAAUGGAAACCCCUACCAGCAGGGAAAAUCCAGAUACUAGAAUGGCUGUCAAGGUCACAGGAGAACCAAUGAAGCAGAACAUUCAAGGUUCUAAUGCUGCUGUCCAAGAUAGGAAGCAGCUCAGCCUGUUUCACUCCAAAUCUACCUUUUCAGAUGACAACACAGAGGACAAUAUAGAAUACAUUGUCAUUGAUCAGUUCCAAAGGAAAUUUGGUUCUGCUAUGAUGCAUAUCAAAAAACAAAAUGUUUGUGGUAUAGCAGCAGAGGGUGUCAAUCUGUGUCGUCACGGAAAACUCUCUUGGUUGCAGGUAGCAACAAGGAGUCAUGUUUUCUUAUUUGACAUUUUUCUUCUGGGAGCUCGAGUAUUCAAGAAUGGCCUCCAAAUGGUACUGGAAGAUCGGAACAUUUUGAAAGUUAUCCAUGACUGCCGGUGGCUUUCUGAUUGCCUUGCUCAUCAGUAUGGAAUUAUGCUGUCUAAUGUCUUUGAUACACAGGUUGCUGAUGUCUUGUACUUUUCAAUGGAAACAGGUGGUUUCCUUCCACACCGCAUAUGCACUCUACAAGAAUGCCUGAUGCAACACUUGGAGAUGCCUUACAAACGUCUCUCUUUCAUGGCACAAAGGCAGCAUGCAGUGGAGAGAAACCCUGAUGUGUGGUUUAUGAGACCCCUUCCACCUGCAUUGCUGGAUGUGUUGGCUCUGGAAACAGUCUACCUUCUCCCUCUUCGUAUGAUGCUUUUGGAUGAAAUUAUGUCUGAUCUAACAACUUUGGUUGAUGGAUACCUAAAUGCAUUUCGGGAAGGGUCUGCCGACCCAUUGGGAAGCACAGAGUUCUCUUGCAUGGAGUUACCACAAGAGCUACGACAGUUGGCAGAUUUUCACAAGCUUCGAAGACAAAAAGCAGUGCAGAAGUUUGAGCAGAAUGAAGACGGCCACCUCAUUAGAACACUGAUGGGGCCUGUGGAGAGCAGGACAGCAAAAAAAGGGGGAAACCAGAGAGAGCGCACCGGCUUCACUCCUUUGAAUAGGACAGCAUUUCUGAUAACAUCCAGUUCCAGCCCUGACCAUUUCUUGGAUUCAGUUGGUCAGGACACCUCUAUGAAAGAAGAGAGGGGGACAAAUAACUGGGAUAGUCAUAGUAUCGCAGCUGGGGGUAGUCAUGUAAACUCUGAAACAGAAACAAUGGAUUCUGUAAGCUGUGACCAAUUCCAGAGUAAAUGAUGUAAAUCAGCAUCAGAACAGACUGAGGCAAGGGGAAAGGGACAAUCUCCAAAGUUCAGCCCACAAAGAAAGACUUUAAAAGAGGAAUCAAACAAGAGAUGAUAAAGACAUACCAGAUACUGCAAUUUCUGCCUCUUUGUUUCAAAAAAUGAAUAGUUCUCAGGUCUUAUUUCAGGGUGCAAGAUUGCCUUACCUUCUGUAGAAACAUUUUACCAACCU